CUUUCACCCGUCACUCAUUCCUCUCAGAGCGAGGACACAAUUGUUUCCCAGAUUGUUUGUGUCUGCUGAGAAUGAUGAAAUCCCUGUACAGCGUAGUACAUAGCUAGGAGCUUUCUGCUGCCAGUGGGAUUCAUUGUGUGUGGUGGCAGCCAAUCGCUGGCUCCGGUGACACCCGCGUAACCCAAGUUGGAGUAUAAAAGUUCCCCUAAGUAAUACAUGAUUUAUCAUUGCACUUGGGAUUUUUUUUUUUUUUUUUUUAGCUGAGUCUCUCACAUUUUGCCAGCACUCUUCCCUCUCCAUAACGUAUCAGCUGCAAAGGGGUAUACAGGGGGGUGGAAGAAGAAAACAACAAGCAGAGGAAAGGAAGAAAACAAAACGAGCACGUCUGCUUUAAUGAGAACAUGGUAAAGGUACGUGCUUGCACUUAUAUCUACCUGUACAUCCUGGCAGCACUUUCACCGGCGGAUUCUGACAGCAGCAACCAAGCGACGGACAAGGGCGCCCUGUGCAGCUCGUGCACCUGGAGGCAGAACAGCAAGACUUCCAGGUUAGAAGCCAUAAAAGCGCAGAUACUGAGCAAGCUGCGGCUGGAGCACGCACCCAACAUCAGCAAGGACGCCAUCAGACACCUGUUGCCCAAGGCUCCGCCGCUGGACGACCUGAUUGAUCAGUAUGAUGUGCAGGGUGACGACAGCAGCGAGGGCUCGCUGGAGGAAGAUGACUACCACGCUACCACCGAGACCAUUAUCACCAUGCCGACAGAACCUGAUUUUCCCACCGGUGACAAGCAGAAAUGCUGCUACUUUAAGUUCAGCUCCGCCAUGCAGUACAAUAAAAUAGCGAAGGCCCAGCUAUGGAUCUACCUGAAACCCGUCCAGAAACGUACCACCGUCUUCGUCCAGACCUUCCGGCUUCCCAGGUCUUCGAGUGACGGCACCAGGUCCACUGGAAUCCGAGCCCUAAAACUGGAGAUGAACCCUGGAUCCGGAGUCUGGAAAAGCCUGGAUGUGAAAACCGCGCUGCAGAAUUGGCUGAAGCAACCCGAAUCCAACAUAGGCAUCGAUAUUAAAGCAUCGGAUGAAAACGGGCGAGAUAUUCCAGUAGGGAACCGCGGCUCCAACGAGGAUGGACUGAAUCCAUUUAUAGAGGUAAAGGUUAUGGACACGCCAAAGAGAUCCCGCAGAGAUUUCGGCCUGGACUGUGACGAGCAUUCCACGGAAUCCCGCUGUUGUCGGUACCCCCUGACGGUGGACUUUGAAGCCUUUGGAUGGGACUGGAUUAUUGCACCAAAAAGAUAUAAAGCCAAUUACUGCUCUGGGGAAUGUGGAGUCGUAUUUCUACAAAAGUACCCGCACACCCACCUCGUGCAGCAAGCCAACCCGCGGGGCACCGCCGGGCCCUGCUGUACCCCAACGAGAAUGACCCCAAUCAACAUGUUAUAUUUCAAUGAAAAUGAACAAAUUAUCUACGGUAAAAUCCCGUCCAUGGUGGUAGAUCGCUGCGGCUGCUCAUGAGCUUUCUAUUGCGUUAAUGUCUUAAAAUGUGGAGCCUUUUUUUUUUUUCUCCCUCCCUUUAUAAUUUCAGAAACUGUGAUAAUCUGGACAUUGAGGACAAAGCCGCCGGUGCGUCCCGAUAACUCGCACGACUAAGCGGGAAGUCGGGUUUGGGACGAUGUCCGUGUAUUUUCAGCCUAUACUUCCAAAACUCGGAGGAUCGUUAAAUCCGCUCUAUAUACCUAGAAUAGACAAUAAUGAAAUAUUUUUUAAGGAAACGUGACUGCUUAAAGCGAAUUGUAACUGAUUUUACACCGCAAAACAUAUUUUCCAUUCUUUGCUUACUUUUGUAAUUAAAAUAAAGGAAAAAAAAUGUCUGACACACG